AAUGAUUUUUGAAUAGUUUAACUACCUCGUUCCUUCGGGUAUCUUCGUAGUGACCUACAUUUUACCGCCAUUUUCGACGGCGAUAUUUGGCAGGUUUCCUACAGUUAAAAUAUCCCAGUGUGAUUAUCGGAAAAGUUGACGGUCAAUUUAGGUUUCACGCGCAUUGCGUCAAGUCUGCCAAAAUGCCCCGAGAAAUAAUAAGUUUGCAGCUUGGACAGUGCGGUAAUCAAAUUGGAAUGGAGUUUUGGAAACAGCUAUGUGCAGAACAUGGCAUAAGUCCAGAGGGAAUUUUAGAGGAAUAUGCAACUGAAGGUACAGACAGAAAAGAUGUGUUCUUUUACCAGGCUGACGAUGAGCACUACAUUCCCAGAGCAGUAUUGCUGGACCUGGAGCCCAGGGUGAUCAAUACCAUCAUGAACUCUCCCUACUCCAACCUUUACAACCCAGAGAAUGUGUUCACUGCCAAGCAUGGAGGAGGGGCAGGCAAUAACUGGGCUAGUGGAUUUGCUCAGGGUGAAAAACUGUAUGAAGAAGUGUUUGACAUCAUUGACAGAGAAGCUGAUGGCAGUGACAGCUUAGAGGGUUUCAUCCUGUGUCAUUCCAUUGCUGGAGGUACUGGGUCUGGCAUGGGAUCAUAUCUGUUGGAGAGACUUAACGACAGAUUUCCAAAGAAGCUCAUCCAAACCUAUUCCGUAUUCCCAAACCAAGAAGAGACGUCCGAUGUGGUAGUUCAGCCGUACAAUUCGUUGCUCACUCUGAAGAGACUAACACAGAAUGCAGACUGCGUCGUGGUUCUUGAUAACACAGCUCUACACAGAAUUGCUGCCGAGAGACUCCAUCUUGAGACGCCAAAUUUUGCCCACAUAAAUCAGUUGGUUUCCACGGUGAUGUCGGCCAGCACAACCACCUUAAGAUACCCUGGUUACAUGAACAAUGAUCUGAUUGGUCUGAUUGCAUCUCUAAUUCCCACGCCCAGACUUCACUUCCUGAUGACAGGAUACACACCUCUCGCCACAGACUCACAAACUGCCAGUGUCCGUAAGACCACAGUGCUAGAUGUGAUGAGAAGGCUACUUCAACCCAAGAAUAUGAUGGUGUCCACUCCUGUCCAGAGACAAGCCAAUCACUGCUACAUCUCUAUACUGAAUAUCAUACAGGGAGAGGUGGACCCCACACAGGUCCACAAAAGUUUACAAAGAAUUCGAGAGCGGAAGUUGGCCCAGUUCAUCCCCUGGGGUCCUGCCAGCAUCCAGGUGGCGCUGUCGCGGAAGUCGCCAUAUAUCCAGUCUGCCAACAGAGUCAGCGGCCUCAUGAUGGCCAAUCAUACGAGUAUAUCUUCAUUAUUUUCCCGUACUCUCAGCCAGUAUGACAAACUGAGGAAACGAGAGGCAUUUCUGGACCAGUUUAAGAAGACUGAAAUGUUCAAAGACAACCUGGACGAGUUUGACGCCUCCCGAGAAGUUCUGCAGCAACUGGUGGAGGAAUACCAGGCAGCCACAAAACCAGAUUACAUAUCUUGGGGCACACAGGCAGGCGUGUAGCUGAGAAGUCGGGACGAUUUUGAAGAUUUCAGUGACGUCUUUAUAAUACACCACACAUGAAAACAUUAAACAGAUCAUUAUGAACUGACUAGAGCACAGCUGAGCUUUGCUGGUAACAAGAACUGCAAAGGGAGUUUUUAUCAUCGCUUGCUUGGAUGGUAUCAGCAGAAAUGGCCUGUUAUUCUUGACAAAGCCAUUUAAUGCUUGACUUCCAUUGAUGGUGUCAUUUUCAAUUUGGAAAUGCACCAAGAAUAACAUGGAGUUUGCGUUGACAUGUUUGUGUAUCUUUUGUGAAAAUCAUCCAGUUUGCUGGGACAAGCGGUUCUUCCCACUCCUCUCUGAGAUGACCCCGUUUGUAAAUCUUCGUGACAGCUUUUUUACGUGACUGGUUUAAAGAAUUAAAGAGCAUUAUGAGAAAAUGUUGGGAAGGAAUGCUGUAGAGAACUGUUAAUUAUCUUGAACAUAUUGCUGUUGAAAAGAACUGAAAGCCAUUUUGAACAAUUCUAAGAACUUUUGACACGGCUGGACCUCGUGUUGAGUUGACAUGGCUGGUGGCUCUGUUUGCACGCCUCAGAUGUCCUGGGGUUUUAAACCGUCCUCGCAAAGAAUCUUGGUUUCAGAACCUUAUGGUUCGUAGGCACUUAAGUGACCAGAUCCUUGAAGGCAAUUGUCUUACGCUGUGAAUACAGAAAAAAAGUGUCUGUGGUGAAUAGCCAAUUAAAAGUUAACUGUUAUGGUAAGGAAGUAUCUGUCCUUAGAUCUUAAAUUAUUUAUUAUGUUCACAUAUAUAACAUUUGGCCAAGUGCCAGAUAUACGAAUAGCUUAAAAAUGAAAAAUGAAAUUUUGUUUUUGCAAAACCCCACCUCUUGUUUUAUUUAUUUACAUGAAAUUAUUGCUAAACCUUGAAAUUUUGAAGUGGAAAUCGGUCUCAAGCUUAAUAGGCCUUUGGAGAAACUUAUGACUUUGAGCAGAUAAGACAGCUGAUGAAUUUUUAGCUGUCAGCCGAAUUGUUUGUGAUUUGACAUGUAAUGUCAGUUCACCUGUUGAUUAAAGUAUUUAAGUUGGCAGUUUUUCUAUAUCUCGUAUGCAUAUAAUCAGCUGAAUAAUCAUUACUAUUAUUUUUAUUAUUUUGAGAAUAUUUAAAGUCCUAAGCAGAAAAAAAAAACUGAAAAUGUAUCUUAAAAAUUUAUUUUUGAAAGUGGUCAAUAAAGUUUUAACAUAA